UACGAAUGAGUGCCAGUGUAUACUUCUAUCUGCUGGUUGGUUUUCAUCGCACUGAAACCUGUCAAAUCCACAUUGUUACUUAUCACAGCUUUGAAUUUCUCUUGUGUUGUUGUUGUUGUGAUGCUACUUUCUGUAAACCUUCAGCACCCAGCAUUGUAAAUUCCCUGUCAGUUUGAUUUUCAGCGGUAAUUUUGCUUUCCAAAUGUGAUUAAACAGUCUGUUAUUCCAGAACUGUGUUAGAUAGUUAUGCAUUGAUGGCGCUGAUUGUUUUUCCUUACUCAAGCCCCAAAUAGGUUUAUCUGCAUUUGAUCCCACUGUUGUAUGCCUCAGGCUCUUUACCCUGGUGGUUUGACAGUUUAAAUAGUUGUGGAAGCUUUGCUCGAUCAGUCCAAAAAUCAGUAUUUUUCCAUCCCCUAUAGCUAUUCUUCUAUCAUCUAUAUAUAAGACCUCUCCUUUCCAUUAGGCUUGCAUAUUUUAACCUUUCUAGGGUUUUGCAUUUUUCAAUUAAAUCGCUCUAAUGUUCAAUCAGUAGCCCCGCCCUGGUACACCUAACUACAUUAUUGGCCAUGAACCAACCUGACUGACUAAAAGUUAAUUUGGAGGCCUUGUAUUCCUUCAAACAUAAAUAGUAUUAGUUUCAUAUUUUUGGCCACAUAUGAAUCAUCCUGCAUAAGUGUGAUAGUAUCAUCCGCGUAUUGUAGGAUAGAUACCCCCUUCUUCAACCAAAUAUGGCACGAGUCCGAUUAUUGCAUCACUCAAUUGUGCCAUAUUUUGCCAAGCAAUUUUGACAUUCAAAGUACCCCCUGUUAUAACACUUUUGAGCCAUUUCAGCCACAUUUCACUAAAUCCUUGAUUCUCUAUGAAACGAAAAAGAAAAUUCCAAUUGAUUUUGUCAUGCAUUUUUUCAAAGUUCAAUGUCUAUAGUAUUCCUUACUGUUUUUACAAAAUGGAUCAGUAUAAAAGCAUAUGACUAAAUUCAGUAAAUUGGGCAAACCUUCAAUCCACACAUCAUCCUUCGUCACUGAAUAAAUAGUAUGUUUCCGUUGCCACUCAUUUGCUACCCUGUAAAAGCACGCUGUUUUGUUAUCGCCCUCCAAUAGCCACUUCUUGCUACACCGUUGAAAUCAAUAGUAUUCAUUAUCCUCAUAAAGCUUAGACAAUCCAGUUUGUAUUUCCCCCCACGUGCAAGUUGCUCUCUGCAAAUUACUCUCGUCUCCUCUAGAUUUUGUAAUUUAUUCUGCAACUUCUUGUUCAGAACUAUAGAAUUUCUCCUCUUCUGUUUGUCCCCCAUAAAUGUAGACAUUUUUGGGCUUCCUAUAAUUUGAAAAUAAAUCUAUCCAAUGGGCUUACAUUUCUGAUAGUCUCAUUACAAAGUGUUUCUACUAUAUCAGAAACUCAGGCUGCUUUGUCGAACUUUUAUCAUGUCGAAAUUCGUUUGAUCUUUCCUUCUUUCAUCAGGGACUAAACAGUAUAUUUCCAAUCAAUUGAUGAUUCCAUUGCAUCUCUUCUUGCUGUAUAUUCGAUCAAUUGAUGUUCCUAUAUUUAAUUUUACCAUUGAUCUGGAUAGAUAGAGCUCGGAUCCCAGCCAUGUGUUUCACGGACAAGCCGACGAAGCCUGGUGUUACUAACCCCGAGCGUAGUAUGCAGAUCUUUUCAGUUAAAGUUGAGGAAAUAUAUGGGGAUUUACAUUGGCCGCUGGAUGUGUUUGGUAUCGUUGCUGUGAGGGAUGACCUGGAUCACCAUCGCAAUAUUAUCUUUGAGCGCAAAAGGGAUAACUGUCAAACUCUCAAUGAGGAGGAUCCAUAUUUAUUAUUAACAGGUCCUACCCGUGCUCCCGUGACUCUGUUUGGGCCUAUGCAUUUCGAUAUCACGCUGAAAGUGAAGCGCAGCAAUGAGUUAGAGGACAAAGAUCUAAGCCUGCUAGGCUUUCGCUACGAGUGCUGCAAGUCAAUCAAUUAUCAAGCGAGUAAGGGAGAGUGCGCCCUCAGAUCAUGCGUGAGCAGCCAAAAACAUAGAAGCAAGCUGAGCACAUUGGAGCUGACAUGUGGCAUUGUAGUCUCAUCCAUUGAGGCCACAAUCAGUGUGUGUAUUGUUGGCGGGUCCUGGCCAGAUGGAUUCAGCGGGCGGUUCAUUGCCUCGACUGCUAGCGUCAGUCACAUGAGGGUGUUACUGCUCAAUAUUGGAGAUAAGGAUACGCCUGUUGUUGCUGCUGAUGGCACCAUUGAGCUGUCACGACGCGUGGUUUCUGUUGAAAGCUUUGGGGAGCUGAGAGUGCAUGCAGCAGGUUGGCUAGGCAGCCAGCAGAUUGACCGAGAGGUGUUCUUUCAACCAUUAGAAUCUGGCAGAAGCUCUCGUUCGCUUAAGGUUGGCUCGUGUGAAAUGGAAGUUACCGUUGGCUGGUCCCUUUUCCCGUUAUGUUAUCCCACUGACCGUAUUCCUUCACCCAAGAAUGGAUGAGGCGGAUAGUAGCUGCUGUCUAACUAUAAUAACUUGGCCACAGUUCUUUAAUGAACUUUUGUGUGAGGCUGGUGCUAGCAGGAACUUGUCUGACCUAUGCGAUAUGUUUUAUGUAGUGCGAUAUAUUAUGUACUAUAUAUGGUUGUUGCUUCUGAAAUGGCAUGUUAUGUGUCGUGGUUGUUGCUUCUGAAAUGGCAUUUUAUGAGUCAUGUUUUGUGCUAAUUAAUGAUGAAAAUCGAAUAUCUUUGAA